UAUUACCUUGUGAGAAAUGUGGCUGACAGAUCUUCUUGAUGAGUUUUAUCAAUGGCUAUGGCUCCGGAAAGCAUAUUCUGCUUGUAGUCGAUGCAAGAAUUUCAUAAAAUUUACUUUCUUCACGACACUAAGUAUAAUAAUCUUUAUUAUUACUGAGCUAAUUGAUCUUGAGGAAUUAAGCGAUAAGGCACAUUGUCUUUUCCUUUCACUCAAAAUUUUGGCUAUUGCAGAUAUUGUCCUUUACUUAAUAAGGUCAACUCAUCUUUGAAGAAGCUUUAGGGAGGUAAACUUCAUCCUCUUCUUGCACUGACUGGUUCAUCUUGGCUUCAUUGCAAAUGUAGUUGUGGAAAGAGUUUACAUGAGCGAUUCUUCUAAAAGUAUGAAGUGGACGAGGAAAAAUAUCAAGGAAUACUGGUUUAUCUAUAUUUUUGUUCUUCUUAGAGUGCUUGUUUAUGUAAUAUUGAUUAUUUUCAAUAUUUUAUGCUUUCCAUGAAUCUUCAAAAAUGUACUUGAUGCCAGGAGACAAAGGGAGAAUAUAUUCUAUGUAAUCAGGAGAAGCAGAAAUAACCCAGCUUUUCUUGAGAAUAGAGACUUAGAGGAACCUCUGUUGGAAUAUAAUCAGAGAGAUCCUCCUGUGUUUGAGAGAGUCCCAGAGAGAAUACCAGAGAGAGUAUCAGAGGUAGCUCCAGAUAGAGCUACUGGUCAAGAUCACAUUCCUUAUGCUCCUGUUCCUGUACAGAGAAGAAAUCAGGUUGAUAGAGCUUCAUUUCAUCAAAGAUUAAGGCAUGUAUUAGGAGAACAAAAUAUAGAGCCAAUAGACAGAGGGACACUUGCCCUUCUUAAAAAAGUAACAUAUUUCAGCGAAAAAGAUAGGCUUCCUGAUAUUGAAUGUUCCAUAUGCCUCCAGCCAUUUAGCGAUUUCCAAAGUGAAAGAUUGAUCUAUCUUCCUUGUAACAGAAAGCAUAUUUUCCAUUCAAAUUGUAUCAUCGACUGGCUCAAAUUAGACAGAAAUUGCCCAUUAUGAAGAAUUGAAGUAAACUCAGAGAUCCUCAGAAAUUCUGGAUAUUAGCUCUAUAGCUUUCAACAUGGCACUAAAAUAUC